UUGAGAGUAAAUAGUAUGUUUUACAGAUUUCUCUGAGGGUUUCGACUAAAGGUAUGGUCUAUCUACUGCGGAGUGCGCAAGCGGAGUACGCAAUGCGGAAUCCGCAUGGAUUGAUUCGUGUGUAAAUAAAUGAGGUUGUUCUAUGUAUCGCGCACUCCGCACACGCUACGCAAUCGUCCGUUGCGCACGGCCGUCGCUAUUGAACGUGAGGCGAUUUCGACGACUGGUCCGCAGCAGUUGUAAACAAACUACGGUGAGAGAAUCACGUGCUUUUAAAUUAAAAUUAAAUAAAAAGCAACUUUAUUAUGACAAAUCCAAAAAACUUUUGCAAAUUCUCCAAAGAGCAGGACGAUAUCCUAAUUGACAGCGUGUCUCAACAUCCUGCGCUAUAUGAUGCCUCUUAAAAAUCGUAUAAAGACAAUGUGAUGCCAGAGAAUAUCGCAUCACAUUGUCGAAGAGAUAGAAGCAGUCGGCACAAAACGCUCCCAAACAGCUCCGUGUGUUUUAGCUCUAUAUGGAGGGAAAUUGCUGGAAUUAUUAAAAGAAGCGCUCAAGACUGCAAAACAAGAUGGAGAACAUUAAGAGAUUUAUAUAAUAGGAAACAAAAACUAAUAACGAAGAAACUAACUAGUACUGCUGCAAGCAGCAAGAGAUCAACCUGGGAGUAUUUGAGUCGCAUGUUAUUCCUAAGAAAAGUGCCACAUGAAAAGGCGUCCUUUACUAAUGUUUCCGGAACUGGGUCUCCAACCUCUGAUGGACUUUAUGAAAAUGACCAAGACAAAGAAAAUGAAGAAACUGUUAUAGAUGAAACUGAACAAGAAGAGCACGAAGAGAAAGAAGACAAUAACACUAAAAAAAGAUAUUUUGAAGAGUCUGAAAUACCCAAGAAAAGUGCAAACAAAAAGUAAAAUACAGAUCGCAUUCUUGCAGCUUUAGAGAACAGAGGCAAAGAGAGAAAUGAAUUAAUUCGUGAUUUAUUGUCAGCUUCAUCUGAACCCAUCACUACGCAUGAAACAAAUCCGAUAAUGACAUUUUUUCAGAGUAUGGCUCAAACUGUAAUGACUUUUCUUCCCCACCUAGCAGUUGAGGCAAAAGCUAAAGUUUGCCAAAUUGUUACCGACUUGGAAUACCGUUCAAUUUCUCAUAAUAAGCAGGCAAACCAUUCCUGCAAGCCCUAUUGCUAUCAGCAAAAUAGUAUACCAAGAGACGAUAUUUCUGAGGCUCAGUCUAGCAGUUUAGAUGCUAUUUCUGA